AUGGCAUCGUAUCCUCCCGUAAUACCCCCAAAUGGCGCAAAUUUUACGAAAGUGAUUCACAAUAACACUUAUCCAUUCAUCGAUUCGAAAACAAAGUGUGAUCAUAGCGGCCGUGCAGUCUUCAUAUCGGGGGGAAAUCGUGGGAUUGGGAAAGCCAUCGCAAUUUCAUUUGCUCAAGCUGGAGCCUCGUUCAUUGGCCUAGGCUGUCCGGAUGGGUUUGGAGAUGCGAAAACUGUUAUUGAAGUUGCGGCAAAGAGAGCAGGCCGCCCAAUCCCCCAAGUCAUAUGCAUUGAACUUGAUGUGAGAGACAGCAAGUCGGUGGAAAAGGCAGCCACAGAAGUGCAGAGGUUAUCUUCCAGGCUAGAUGUCUUAGUCAACAACGCAGGAUUUAUGACUCCUGCGCUCUCAGUGGUGGACGCCGAUGAAGAUCUUUGGUGGAAGACUUUCGAGGUGAAUCUCAAAGGGAUCUUUCUCAUGUGCAAGUUCUUUACGCCACUCUUAACCAAAGCGUCCGAUGGAUUGGGAACAGUUGUGAAUAUCAACUCAGUCGCAGCCCACAAUAUCCGUCCGAAUGCCAGUGCCUACGGGACUUCGAAAUGGGCGGUCCUCAAAUUCACAGAAUUUCUCUUGGUCGAACAAGCAAAUCAAGGGUUACUGGCUUUUUCCAUCCAUCCUGGAGGAGUAAUGACCCAAUUAGCUGAAGCUAUGCCUAAAGAAACGCAUACCGGUUUCACCGAUGACCCUACGUUGACGGGGGAUACAGUUGCAUUCCUGACUCAGAGGCGUCGAGAAUGGCUUGCUGGAAGGUAUCUUAGUUGCACAUGGGAUAUGGAAGAGCUUCUCCAGAGGGAAGAAGAAGUUCAAGGGCAAGACAAAUUGAAAGUGCGGUUGGUCUUGUAA